AUGAUACCAUUACACGUUAUUUGGAUAGCAAUUAAAGUCAUCUUGGGCUUAGGAUACUCAGUAGGAUACUUUCACACUCUUCAGUCAUACCGGCAAAGCACGAUGGCAUGGAAGCGAAUGCUAUUAGUUGGGCUAGCUGUUGGAGUUAUAUUCGCUGCUGUAGCUGAACCUACGCAAAUUCCCAAGACAAUCUCCAGCUUGGUGGAAGAAUGCUUUCAUCAUAACUCGAGAACGUUGUACUUGGUAGGCUUGGAAAAGCUUGCCGCUUAUGAGAGUUAUCUUGCCUUGCCACACCCUAAAGUGAUCGUACAGAGCGGCUACUCCAUCGGCACACCCGAUGAGUCAAGCUUAAUCGUAAUGUACAUGGAUUGCAGCACAUUGAGCAACUUGCUCAUCCAAUUCAAAGCGAUCAUGCGUGACUUUACCAGGAUCGUUCGGAAUGGAAAAUACAUCGUGCUAGUGGAGGACGCGUAUCUUUCUAACGGCAAUUUAGCGGUCGCAAUCGAGCUUGGAUCUGCGUUCUCAACGUACAACGUCGUGUACUGGUGUGUGACUGGGUUGCACCAGGCGGAAGAGCUCCAGUACACGCUGUUUUUUGCGUCGAGCGUUUACUUUAUGAACGGUCCACUGACGUACGCACCGGCGUUUGAGUGGAACCGCGGCCUGUUGCGCAAUGCCACGUUCGAUAUCUACGCCCUAGCAAUGACAUCCUUUCCAUACACCCACUUCCAGGGCAAACAUCGACCGUUUUGUGGGAUUGAUGUGAACAUUUUUGAAACCGUCAUGGAACGAAUUGGCUGUCAACUGAAGGUACGCAUCUUACAACCGACGGAUAGUAUAGACAACGAUAUCGCGGUCAUAACUAGGAGUUUGCAUCGGUCAAAGGCGGACGUAAUGAUGACGCGCCGACACGUGAAUGUGGGUAUUCUGCCCGUCGUGUACAUCCCGGACAUUACGUACUACUGUUUGGUAGCUCCACGCACUACGCAGAUCGACUUGACGCAAUCGUUGCUGCGUCCGUUCUCAGGCACGGUUUGGUGGUUUAUCGUAGUGUGCACGGUUUUGAUAAGCGCAUUCGAUGAACUUUCCAAGCAGCACACUCGGUUGGGACGAUUGGCGCAACAGCUUUUCGCUCGUCAACCGAUCGCAUCCUUCUAUCGCAUAUGUCUCGCGGUCAUUAGCUUCGUCCUUAUUGAGUCGUAUCUCGCUACGGUGACAUCCUUCUUUCUUGCCUACCGGUUCGUGCCGGAUGCGAAAACGUUGGAGGAAUUUUUCGCCACGGGCAUACCGAUAAGGUUGCCGGAGGGGAUGGUCAGAUUUUUGAGGAAUCUUGAACCACGCUUGAAGGAUCGAAUAAUGGCGCGAGGCGUUGGCGCAUCCGUGUGUUCGCCAUACUCUACCCAGUGCGCUCAUCUGGAAAGCUUCGCAAUGGCUUCGUACCAGAUCAGUGAAAACGUCGGCAUUGAUCCGGUUAGCGGUCGAAAGCGGUCAUACAUUGUGCCGGAAAUGGUGACAAGAUACAGCUAUUUAUCCUACGCGUUUGCCCGUGGCUCACCGUUGACCGAUCUGGUGGCGAUGUACCUACGGUGGAUGUAUGAGGCCGGGCUGAUGGGUUUGUUUCGGCACCAGUACGAGCAGUAUCUGCAGCCGACCGUGCACGUACACACGGUGGUGGACAGUUCGCUGGAGUUUGAGCAUCUGAUGUCGCUGUGGAUUUGUGUCAGUAUCGGUUGGGGCGUAUCGUGCGGUGUGUUUGUCAUGGAAAUGGGUCACGGAUGGCUGCAAAGAGUUCUAAAAGGAAGGCGUCAGGUUGCUGGAAAUGCUGGAAAACAGGCUUGGUGUAAAGUGGGAAACAAAACGGGCCCAAUGCCUGGUACGAAGAGUGUGCAAUGAAUUGCCCUAGGACUGGAGCAUAUUAACCCCUAUUUGCUGAGGAGCAAUCGAUGUUGCACUAAUUAAAAGCACGCGUUUUAUUGUCGCUAAUUGCACCCAAGAGUACAAUAAAAGUAUCAUCCUUUUGCACUGCCGAGUGAUGGCAAAACACAAUGGAGCUUUGAACGACAUAUCGGUCAACAAUUUUUUUUUAGUUUACUCAGGGGUCAGUAAGCUUUUCAAGUAAAGGGCUGGAAUGAAAAAAAAUCCCUUAUUACGACUCUGUUUUCGAGGGGUUGGAAUUAGUACGUGUACCCAAGUUUGAAUAUGUGAUGACACAUGUUACCACUCUGCACGUGUCCGGAUAGGAGUUAAAUAGGAGAGCCUAUAUUAUCCCUCAGAAGGGCUUCGGAUCCUAUCCCAUUGCACAGCACAGAAGAAUCAAAGCAGCAUCAUCGAAGAAUUUCCAAUUCUAUUAUGUUUUCCUAAACUAGCUUAAUCUUGGCAUAUCUCUCUCUCUCUCUCUCUCUCUCUCUCUCGCUCGCUCUCUCUCUCUCUCUCUCUCUCUCUCUCUCUCUCUCUCUCUCGGUUGGCCUGCUCACUAUAGAGCACGUCUAUGUGACAUGGCCUGGUCAACAAUAAUUCUCCAAGAUGCUCUGGCCGCAAGAUGGUCUCUGGCCGCAGCCUCCCAUCCAUGUAGACACCCGAUCUCCGACAGGUCUCGCUUUACCUGAUUCAGCCAUCGAGUUCGCUGUGCUCCCCUGCGCCUAAUACCCGUGUUCGGGGAUCGCUGUCGAUCAUCUUCUUGGUGGGGCAUGAGUUCGGUAUCCUCAUGACAUGCCCCAGCCAUCCAGCUUCUCAUAAGUUGUUAUAAAAUAAAAUAAAAAUGUUAUCGUGGGUUUCAAGCAUUAGUU